AUGGUGCGCGUCACGGACGAGGGAUCCGUCUCAGCAACAUUCGCAGUGGCCAAAGGAGUAAAGCAGGACUGUGUGUCCGCUCCCUCCCACUUCAGCCUCAUCUUCUCUGCCAUGAUGAUGGAUGUCUACCCUGAUGAGCGUCCCGGGAUUCGCAUCUCCUGCAGGACCAGUGGUCAUCCUCUCAAAAGUCAGUGCAUGCUGACACCAACGCCUCUCUCCAUUGAAGAAGGAGACAAGAUCGCUGAGAUAAGAGCCGAACACGCUGCAGCAGUGCGAAGAAACGACGCCAGCUUUCAAGUCGCGGCUCAUUCGACGAGAUCCGGCCGCACAUUCAAAUUCGGCGAGGCCUAAAUUCUCGCGAGAGGGGACAACCGCGUGAACCGGGAGCUGCUUGAGUCGUGGUUUACUGGCCCUCAGUUCAUUAACAAGUUCAAUGACCUUCCCCUUCCGUACUCGGUGCUGAGACUUAGCCUAGACGGAGUAAUUAGCCAUGCGGGAAGCGCACAGGUGAAAACUUUUCCCAACGCCAGAGUCGGUAGGUCAGAUGGUCGAGCAAUCAUCACACCAACACCCAACGCACUUGAUGAAAUUGCAGCAAUUAACGACGCGAAUGUCGGCCAUCAAACAAUCAGCACACCAAGUGCAAUGAUCCCUGAUGAAGGGGGGGGGGGAGGGGAGCGUGAAUAUUCAUAGGUAUGUGGUAGCAUGGCGACUGCAUCCUAUAAAUACUGCAGCCCCUUGUGCAUGAACCACCCGUAUCUGUUUUUGUCGCUGACGAUGGGUUCGAGUAGGGAUCAGAAACGACAGGCUAAUAAAGCUCUUGUCCCAGCGAUCGUGUCUCCUUCCUCAAGACUGCUUCCUGGUACUCGUCUCUUCCCCUCUCCCCAUGACUACUAUUCACGAUCUGCAUUUCGCGUACGAUUGCGAGUUCAACACCGAGUCAGAAACAGACAUACAGCGGAGUCGGGCCGCCUUCGACUCCGGCUGCGCCAACUUCCGGCUGGUCAUCAAUACAGAAAAAAGUGAUGGUUAUGCAUCAUACGUCGUCCAAGUCUGCAUAAAGCAUUCUUCGGAUCAAAACCAAUGGUACCCAACUGAAGACCGUGGACAACUUCGCCUAUUUAGGCACCAUAGUCGAAGUGUCUCAGCAGAUCUCGAAAAUUAGCCAGGCCUUCGACCGGCUGUAUGGAAUCGUCAUGACCUCCGCCUCAACAUCAAACCCAUGGUUUACAUCUUGGUGACAUUGCUGUAUGUAGCAGAGAUCUGGACAGUUUACAAGAAACGAUACCGGAAACAAAUCAUUCCGGUCUGAGUUGUCUUUGGAGAAUCUAAAGGCGCUGAGAUGUCAGGACAGGAUCUCGGGCAUGUACAUUUUGGAACUGACAGGAAUCCGCGGCAUUCACACUGUCCUGAAUCAUCGACAAUUGCGACGAAGCGAUCAUAUCAUGAGGAUGAACGAUGAGCGAAUACCCAAACGAUUCCACUACUGAGACGUCGCUACGGCAGUUUGCCGACAAGGCGGCCAAACACGCCUCUAGAAGGACACCUUGAGGAGCUCCUUGAAACGAUUAUAAAUCAAUACGAAGACCUGGAAAACCUAGAAAAGGAUCGACCGGCCUGGAAAAGAACAGUGAAGACUGGGGAGGCCCCCCAUGAAGUCAACAGGAUUGUUACUGCCAAAGCCAAAAGAGCAGCUCGAAAAUCUCGAGCGUACCUGACUCACAUCUCCAGCGUCCCAUAUUUCCCAUCAUGGCCGCGUUGUCGGCGAACAUUCCGCGGACGGAUUACCAAGCGUUGCCACCUCUACCUAUCUCAACAUGAAUUGGUUGACCGGCUCAGACCGUCGACUGGUGCGAGUGGGGUCUACUCUCAGCACAUAAUUCCUCACUAUAAACAGCCUGGAACGCUUGAAUAUAUCACAGUGUGCUAAAAACCGUGGCUUGGAAGACUGCCAACCGAGGGGAUGGAUGAAGACUCAGGCUGCUAUGGCCUCUAUGGCAUUACCACUCAGUAAGGUUCCGAGCCGCCCUCCCUCUUUCUCUAGUCUUGGUCAGUUGUACAGGAUGGACCGGGGAGUGUAGUAGUACGCCUAGGUGCGGGUUUUCAAUGUGCCAGCCACCUGCGCCCCCUCCUGCCUCCGGUUCUCUUGAUUACUUCAUAAAACAACUCCCAGGUGGGGGAGGGGGGAAGGAGAGAGUGUGGUAGAUGCAGCGCAAGUCCACUAUCGCUAUAAAGGAAUUCACGCGCAAAACUGCCGUCCCUACUCCCAUCAUGGUGUGAAGCACACGGUAGGCAUACUCGGAAACAAGGAUCGAAGUGUCGUGUGGCACGCCCGCACGUGCCUGUCAUCUGAUCCACAUGAUUAGACUCCGUCAGACAUCACGGCUCGAAGAUAAGUGAGAUGUGUUCCUUCUUACAUGCCACGUGUUGCCCGUCACGACGACACUGGUUGACUGCAUCGCGUGAUCGCUGCAUGAGUGGUGUGACGCGUUUAAAGAAGAACCAAACGUCUGCCCUAGACAAAAAACCAUAUUCACAGAAAAGUCACGUCAAGCGCAAAUCGCUAGGGUUAACACUUAUCUACUGAUCAGCGUUGACGGCACAGUUGUCAUAAAUGGCUUGCGUGGAGUUUUAACUGGUUAUCUGCAGUCGGGUCCGGCAGAGACGGCCAGGCAGACGACAGUUCGGCCGUCGAUUCGACAAUGUCCACCGUAUGCUCCACAGCAAGGUGAAGUAGGCGCGGUGAUUGUGCGUGAAUUGGUUUGUGCGAGUUGACUUUCACAGCAAAUACCACACUCUCUUCUCCCCCACCUGGACCUGGUGUCAAGACAGAGUCCAUAAGACCUGAGGUGGGGGGAGGGCGCAGGUGGACGGUACGGUCGAGCACGCACCUGGGCGUACCAUUCCACAUCCCCUGGUUCAGACGGCAAAUGAUUGUGUUUUUGACCAAUCGACAAUAAUGGGAAGGGGGACGGGCGGCAGGGGUCCCAGUGUGCGCGACGCUUGCCCCCAACCGGGCCCGCCACCGCACUCCGAAAUGUUGGCAUUUGUUGUGGUGUGUAGCUCCGAUAACGCCUACCAGAAUCCGAUAUGGCCGCCGUAUUGGUCCAGCGCAUAUACCACGUUUAGGGGGCACGCCAGACAGACAUGUACAGUGACACGCCCGUGGUCUCCAACGGCACAAAGUGAUUGGAACUGUCGUUGCGGGUGAAGAGAUAAAAGCGUGGCAUGACUUGUCAAACCACGGAUAAACCCAUCCAUUUUUGCGAUAGUUCGACCGUCGCGAACGAUGCUGUCCACCGCGUGCCCCGCAUAACGGUUGACGCCGGACGGUGACUUGUGGAUGAAUUAGUUUACAGUGAUAGUCGGGAGAAGGAGGGAGUGUUGUGGAUGCAGCGCAUGUCUGCUGUCACCAUGAACUAAUUCACGCGCACUUCCCCAGCUCUGAGCCCACCCCUCUUGUGGGGCACAACUUAGACGUCGUCGGAAAGGAAGGUCGAACUGCCAAAGGGAUACCAGAACUGCGCAGCAUCUAUCGCACUCUCUCUUCCCUCACUCCCCCGGAACCGGUUGCAAGGCAGAUUCGGGACGACUGGAUGUGGGCUGAGACAUACAAGGCUAUACCGUCCUCCACUCGUGGCAAACUCGCCUGGUCUAGGCACGAUGGGCCGGAGUCUCAAGAGGGCGCCUUUGAUCUCACCCAAGUGGGAGCGCCAUGACGUCUGCUUCCAGAAGGAACCGUUGAGCUCGGCUCUCAGAUUACUGAAUGGCUCCUUUAACUGACACCCUUCCGAGCCACAACUUUUUGCGUGCCAUAGUAGAUUUAAGCUCAUUAGAGUUAUUAUUAAUGUGAAGUGGGCUGAUGUGCCAGGGGGAUAGAUUACCCAGUGUCGACCUCACUCCUCUUCUCCUCUCCCAUGCACCAGUGCACCGUCCGAGCUUAUCCACCGGCUGGCGCUCGGAUUUGUUAAACUGACUAGAUUCCUUUAUAUUUCCAUUGGCUUAAGAUUCAGGGUUAUUAAGAUGGUUUUUGUAAGAAUAACCUUUUUCAACUCCAGUAUUUUGGUUUGUGUUUGCUUACUUCGCUCCGAAUUGAGAUCGGAGUCAAAGGUAACUAGUGGGGCUAUGCCUUUUUUCUGAACCAAACAUGGGAUUAAUUAGCGAUGCAGCGUUUUACAUAGUCCUUGCACUUGCAGUGAAAUAAGCAUCCUGAUUACUUCGGGGAUAUGUUAAUACCGAAUGUUAGGGCUAGAUGCCUGUUAAAAACAAGAGCGAAGAUUAAGGCAAGGGCUCUGUUAUGUGGCCGAGGUCUAAAAUUAAGAUUUGGGCACUUGGAAGUGGUUGUGCAAAGUGAUUCGAGUAGUUUUUUAGAGGCAAAACACACAAAGGAUAAAAUUUUAAAUUUGGAAUCCCUUACUACUUUGCGUGUUAGUGAAUCCUUCACCGAAACCUGAGCAAGGCAUAUCCCUUUGCCAAAUGUAAGCCGUAACGACUGAAAUGACACCAAAGUUGACCUGAGAAUGAAAUAAUCACGAAAAGAUUUACUUUCAAUAACAUUCGCUUUUAGUGGACGACGAGAGGUGGGUUUUCUUGUGUUUGCAUCGUUUGAUUUCGAGCUGAAAGUGCGAAACGUCGCCCCAGGAACUAGCUCGAGAAGGAGCAAGUUUCAGGAAGAAGGGGACUUCCAAGGCAACGGAGCUGUUUGUUUAUUUUUCAACGCUUUCGAAUUCGGGCAGGCGUCCAUCGUCAGGACAAACAGCAACAGAGCAGGUGGCGGUUAUACGGGGGGGAUUAGCCAAUCAACAGCCAAUUCCGCAGGUCUGCAUGUGAUUGCUCAGGGCUCUGUAUUCAAUCGCCAAAUCCAUACAUCGAUUAAAUGAGUUCUCAUCGAGGGACCAGGCUUAAAUCAACUCCCGGCUUGUCUUGUUUUCGACAUGAGCAGUUAUCUUGGCGGCGCGAAGUUGAACUCGUGACCUGUUUCGAAGGUGCUGGCAGCAAUUAGUGCUAAUUAGUCAUCCUGCUCCACGGCCAGCUCAUGCUCACGAUUCAAACAUGCGCUCGGUCUGACCUCUGUAAUUACAAGCAAAAAUAACCAACGGUCCCGGUGGCUGAUCGAUCUCCUUCUUCAUUACUCAUUCAUGAUAACGUCCAGUACGACCAAAAUAACUCAAACCGAAGAAGUGAUCGCCACAUUCUUGAGUGGAAAGCAGGUAUUCAAUUCAAAAUAAGAAUCGGAAGGCAUCCUGAAAUACAGUCGGGUGUCCAGAAAUCUAAAAGUACUCUGAACAGAACGAGAAGUAUGUACGAGUUCGCCAAGGAGGGCCCCAUUGGGAGCUAACGUCUGAGGGCAUCACCAAAGUUUUGGUUGUGUGUACAGUAAUUUAGCCCUUAUUUACAGGUUACUGUCCGGAUUCGGUAGAUGAAUUUGCCGCAGGUUUAUGGGGGCUAAAGAAAGGGGUUCUGGCUAAUCUGAUUCCUGCAGGGACGAAGAUCAGACCACCUGUUCGCUGAUGUCCGAACUUAAACUAACCGCAAAUAUGGUCUUAAUUCUGCCUGACAAUCAGCCUGCCGGCGGUUUUAUAUGCUCUCAACCGACAGUGACUGUCUGAGUUGUUACGUACAUUUUUUGAUCAUCUAAUAUCAAAACGCGCACCCUUCUAUUUUCACUCAAAUUCUUUAUGUGUUGCAUCAGAAGCACCACUUUAUAUGGAUUGAGUAUUUCAAAUCUUGCGCAAGAGACUUGAAGAGGCGUACGACGAGACUCAGAAUGCACUCGAAAUUGAACAUCUUAUGAAGCUGUUUGAAUUCUGCCAAACAACUUUCUUCACUUUUGCUGGGGAGACCUAUGAACAAAUCAAGGAAACUUCAAUAGACUCACCGGUCUCCGGUUUAGUGACAGAACUGGUCCUACAAGAGUUAGAAAAGCUUGCUUUAAUCCAACACAAGCCGGUAUUUUAGUGCCGUUACGUAAACGACACGUUUGUCAUCGUAAAGAAGGACAUGCUGCAACAUUUCCACGGCCUGCCAAAUGCAGUCGUCCCUGAUAUAAAAUUCACGAGAAAUGAAGAGCAGGAACAGCAGUUGCCCUUCCUGGAUGUGCUUGUCAGACGAAACUUUAACGGCAAAAUUGAAACGACAGUUUAUAGGAGGGCAACGAACGCCACAUAGCUUCUCAGUUUUUGCAGCAACCAUCCGGUGGCUCACAAACGAAACUGUGUGAAGACGCUCUUCAAACGGAUCCAAACUCAUUGCAGCAAACCGGAGGACAGAGCACGUGAGGCUCGUUAUCUCGGCUACCAGUUUGUGCGAAAUGGCUAUCAGAGGACAUUCAUAAGUCGCCCAAGGGGACUCAAGCAACAACACCACCGACGAUAUGACAUUCUCUGCCUUACCUCAAGGGCAUUUCAGAAGCGACCUAGCGCAUUGCUGCGGAGCUGGGUUUUGGAAUUGCACAUCGCCCCAAAGCCACCAUGCGCAAAAGGGUCAUGAAAAUUAAAGACCGGUUAAAGCCUGAAGAGCAAUCUGGAGUAGUGUAUCGCAUACCGUGUCAAAAUUGUCCUUAUAACUACACAGGCCAGACUGGACGCAUGCUCGGAUCGCGCACACGCGAACAUAAGCUGGCUGUACGGCGAGGCGGCACAUUAUCGCAAGCGACCACCCACACCUACGACAUGGGUCACGAGUUAAACUUCGCAGCCAACAAAAUAGUCGCCCACGCCGGAAACGAAGCAGGCCGAGAAGUGAUUGAAGCCUGGGCAUCGGAUGAGAACUCAAUCAAUAGAUUUAUCGAUCUGGCGCCAGCGUACUGAGCCCUGCGCAGCCACCUCCAGUCUUGCGCAGUCGGUCGAUGAUUGGCUUACAUGCCCUAUAGCCUGUUUUGUUGCUGCUACUAUCUCUGACGAUGGACUCCUGCACGAGUCCGAAGUCUUAGGACAAUAAACAAAAUGCUCCGUUGCUCGACCCCUCUUCUUCUUCACUUAUGCAUACACGUGGAACUCGAAAUUUCGCCAUCAGACUUAAAAUCGUUUUGGAACUUUUUUACCUCUGUACAUUCGUUAAUCAGAAAAGGCCUGCUUUAAAAAUCAGGCCCCCUCAGGAAUAGAAGGGCCUUUGCAGGCCACUCCAUGAUCUCACGGCAAAUUGGUUUCUAUUGUCAGGUCCUCGGGAAAUUUAUUUCAUCGAACUUUGCAAGCUAGUCGGACUGGAGGAGAUGGAAAGGCCGCUAUGGUCGGCAGCUACGCCAGCCCGGCCAUUCUGCCUGCUCUACAAGUCGCACCUGGGCGCAAAGCCGAGUAGCGUGGGAGAAAAGCAAUUUUUCCCUGAGUUGGCGGAGACCAGCUAACGUAAGACGAUCUGCCCUCCCUGCCACUGGACGACGCUAACGUCGAACUGCCCACAUUUAAAUCGACCAAUCAGGGGAUGUCCGUGCGAACUUGUGCCACCCCCUUCUCCUGCCACUGGACGACGAUGAGGUCGAACUGCCCAGAUUUCAAUCGGCCAAUCGGGAGGCUAGAAGUGUUGAUCAGUAGUGUCUGUGCGAACUUGUGACACCAGGACAGAUGCGCACGAAGUUUUUGGCCAUCUAAAAACAACUCAGAGGAAAUUUUGACCUUUUUAAUUAGAAUGAAAUUUAGCAGAGUUGACGAUUUUUAAUGUUUGCCGUAAUUGUAAAAACACAGCACCGAAGAUAGGAAAUUAACUCAUUUGGUAGGCAAAUUGAGAAACGCAAACUUAGCAUGCAGCAUCCACCAGAAAGGCUAAGGAUACUUUUUCGACCGCACGGAGUGCUGAACUCGCAGGCCACAAAGCCACUUACACAGACGCGAAUCACGGUAUUCGCCUAGAGAUGGAGAUUGUUCAUGAAUCCAUCAGAAACCUUGGAGCGGUCUCAGAAAUGCGUCAUACUCCACUGCCAUCUGUUAUAGUUUAUCGUGGAAUUCAGAUUUUAUUGCUGGAUUCUGAUCACCAGCUCCGAGAACAUUUCAUAGAUGCGAAAGGCAAGCCCACAAUUUGUUGGCAGUACAACUCUAUGAAGGCACCUACAUCAGCGUCAGAGCCCAUUUGCUUUCAGUUCUACGAUUUGGUAGAAGCCUACGAAGUAAAAAAAUCAUUUACUUUCGUCCCGGGCGUAAGUAUAAGCUGUCAGGAAACGAUAUUAUCGAGCUGCCUACUCAGAACAUUGAUUCUAGGGAUUGUGACACGGUGAUUAUCUCAUCGUCUGCACUGAUGACAAGGCAAGCAGCGCAUGGAUGAAAGAAGGGACUCCUGACACAUGUUUGGAAUCCGUAAUUAGGGUGUGAAGCAUGUGUACUCCGUGAAUCAUCGUGAAGGUUGUGCAAACGAAUUCCGAAUGCAAGGACCGUAGUUAGCCGGCUUGUUAUGCAAAUCGAGUUAACUCCGCUACGCUACAGAAUAUAGGUGAGACAUCUGGCUCGACUGACACAUCUCUGGUGAAUGACUUUCAAAAGGAGAAGUGCUUGGGCGUUUUAUAUUUGCACGAAAUACAAUCGAUUUUCAUCCUGUGCUGACGAAGUUACGGUAGGACACGGUAACGGUACCUCCCCCCCCUGUAGUAGAGGUGGUCCUGUGCUAAAUUCCAGGGGGGGGGUUCAGUUUGGUUUAGGACACCUAUCAUAAGGGGCGUACGCAUUCCUGUGUCUUACAAAGGUUACUUUUGAAUAUCUUGACGAAGACAUCUAGCGACUUUCUUCAAGCUGACUUUUUCAAAAAAAUAGGUAAGACGUGGUUAUUUAGCCGCACCUGACGGACGCAAUAUUGUUGACCUACUUAAUUAUUUUGAGUUGAUGUGGUUACGUUGGCAUGGUGUUGCUGUGCGUCGAGGUGUGUGUUCUGCUGGCGGCCUUGUUUCUUUGUUGCCGUGUCCACCUUUUUCGGCCCAAUGCCGGUGGUCCUUCUCGACUUUCGGCCUGUCGUCUCCUUCUAAUAUUCGCGAUGGAUGUUUCAGGGUUAGGGUUUAGGGCUGCGGUUAAGGGUUAGGGGUAAAGGGUCAGGGUUGUGUUAGGGUUUGGGGCUUGGGGUUAGGGUAAGGAUCUACGGUAAAGGGUUAUGGCUAGGGUCUAGGACUAGGGGUUAGGGAUUAGGGUUAGGGCAACUAUUUCCCGGCCACUUAAAGUGCAACCGCGCAUUCCCAAUAGCUUUUCUUUUGCAUACAAAUUACUUGACUUCGUCGUCUGCGCGUUCCUCGACCUCACCUGUGAAAAACCCCUAUUACUACAGGUCCCGUAUUACAGGUGGCUGGGGUUUUUUUACCUCAGAUUGGGCUACAUAACCACAUCUGAUCAAAAAAAUAAAAACUAAAGUUUGCUCAUCGAGGUAAGGAAAACAUGAAUGAACUCAAGAAAAGCUAUAACUACGAGCUAGAGGGGCAAAACAUUUACAUCUUAAUUGCUUUGCAGGCAGCAACGUUUCUCAGAACAAAAGCGUAAAAAAGAAAUAUUGGCAAGGUCCUGGAAACUCUAGUUUACUGAUUAGUCAUAUAUCCUCCAUAGCUUAAAAAAUAUGUAUAACUGAAUAUUCACAAAUAAUCACAUCCAAAAGAUCGCACGAAAUGAUUCACAAAAGGACCGAUGCACGCAAGCUAAACGCGAUCAUUCGGCGCCAAGUGAGGAGGCUGAAUGACUUGUUGCCAUGGUAAAACGCCUGGAGUCGUUGAGCGGACAUGAGACAGUUGCGAGAAACUGUAGCGGCCGAAGACGUUGAGAGUAGCCCACACGGGACAACCUAAAGCACUGAAGGUAACUGCUGACUUCGUGCUAACUGAAGGAGGUAGCUAGACGCGCAUCAUUCUUAUGACGAAAUGAGCGCCUGCUUGAAAUACUUUUCUUGGCGGCGCCAAAUCCACACGGCAAAAACAACUACAAAUAUGCGUGUCCAGCUGCAAAACCACCCAUCAGCUGAGGUAUUUUAACACUAAUUGAUGGCAAUUGGGAGUGCAACGGAGCCCGUUUAUCCAACUACAAGAAGGAUUUUCCUACGUCUUAGCCUCGGCAAUUUAGUGUCCUCAAAAGAGGAAUUGGUUGAAAAGGUGUCUUCCACUAUUCAGACCACUUUCAACAAUCACGACUGAUCGAGCGAACGAGCCACUCUUCCGGCCAAAAACAAACACGUGUACCAUCUUCACCAUAUUAUUCAGUCUAAGAUUCAUAGCGAGGCAGUCGCAUAUACGUCCGUCGACACUGUUGUGGGCGCAGACGAGGCAGGUUUAUUAUCCAACAGAGAUUUUGAAUUCACCCGAGCCACAGCAACGCGUGGCCGGGCCCAGCUAGUGAUUUAUAAGGCAUAAGACGCUUGCGAAUUAAAUUGAUUCCGUCGGGAUUUCUUUACCAAAUAUACCCACAGAUCCCACAGAUAUGCCGGGCACAUAAUUAACUAGAGGAAUUUUUGGCGAAUUAGCACGAUUAGGUACGUGGGUCACUACUUAUUUACAAUGACCACGUUUAAUCAGAAGAAAUAUAACCGAGGAAAUAAUAACUUUGCAAAUGUAGGUUAUUUACCCUUAAGUCAGACUGACGGAUAAUCAGCUGGAAAUUUUCAGGAAAUGAAUGUUAAUAAAUACAAUGGAGACUGAGAUGGCCAUUCUGGAUUGUUAACCUUCGUCAACCGGUCAUACGAAAACCCCAGGUCAGGAUUAUCUGAGAUGGAUGACAUUUAACUAGUCAACGCUGAAUGACCAGAGAACCCCGAUUCUGGUCCCAUGUCAUCCGGACCUGGGGAUGGGUGUGGCUGUCUGGCGACGACCAAUAAGUCAGAAACGGCCGUCCCAGUCUCCCCUUUCUUUGUCGGUGGCAUUCUACAGAUAUAUCACCAAACGAUACGCGACUUCUUGCGAGGGUUCUACAUUGGACCCAAAGUCGCAACGGGACGUAGACAUAACGUAGCCUGAUCGCUUAACGCAUUCAACUUGUACAUCCUGAGGACAGGGUUGACCAUCUUGGUAUGAAGGAAGUCGUCUACAAGAUCCCAUGCGGUGCCUGCAAUGCGUAGAUUGUGCUCAAACGAGAAAAUCCGUCUGUGCCUGAAUCUACGAGCAUCAGCUGGCCGGUAAGAGGCGAGACCAUCCGUCCCAAGUGCUUAUGAACACCCUAAAUAUCGGGCACACUUUGGACUGGGAUAAAGCUCAAAUCGACGGCGUCUAUCCUACCAGAAAAAGCCGAGAGUUUUUCAAAGUCAUACAUUCGGGUGAGCCAGUACUUGAUCAGCAUAGUGAGCUAGAUGCCAUGUAUAAAAUCGCAAGGAAAUUGAGAGAAACGAGAACCAAUCGAUACAUGAUGACGCACACGGCGGCCACUUACAGGAGUAAACACCGAGUAAGUAUCGAUUUUUAGACAGGUUUGAUAUGUUAUCUGUUGCGGCAUAUUAAACGUCUGACGAGGACGUGAGAAACCAGGGUCAAAAAUUUACCCAAUAAAUUUUCCUACUUUUCCAAAGGAACGUAUAUGACUUCAAAUUAUAUUCCUUGGGAUGCCAUUUAUUGUAAAAAAACUCGAUAGAAAUCGAGUCACCCAGUAGUAUGGUCCACUUACAAAGGCUUUAAAAAUACAUAAUAUGACAAUAAUAUACUUACAGAUAUUUUGAAAGACGCAAGUCCUUGUGCUUACUAUUUAUUUUCUGAAAUGCAAAGUUGCAAACCAAACAGGGUCCCGAACGCGGGAAUCUUGGAACGCACCACAAUUCUCAACAGCAACUUCAGCAGCACUGCACGGUCGCCUCGCGAGGAUAGAUGACGACGGAUUACCCAAACGAUGCUUCUUCGGCGACGUUGCUACGGGUGCUCCCGACAAGAAGGGUAAAAACGACGCUACAAGGAAGCUCUACGAACCUUCCCAGGGAUUACGGAUUCAUUCGGAGACCCGGGCGAACCUUUUCAAUGGUCGACCGAUCUGAAGGAGAGGAGUAAAGACUGGAGCAUAGAUCUACGAAAACAAGAGGAUGGCAGCUCCCAAAGCCAAAAGAGUGGCUUGCAAGUCGCAAGCGCCGUGGUCCUAAGACCCAAAUCACCCUCUCGAACCAAUGCUGGCAGUGGGCAUUCUGCGCACGGACUGGCCGCGUCGGAUAACCUCGGACAACUGUACCUACUGCAUCCGACAACGCCUCACCGUCACCCUUCCAGCGAGCCCCCCACGACGACGAACACCACCACCGACGAGCAAAUUCCCGACUUCCAGCCGCCCAUUAUCACCAUAAUUCACGCCCCAGCGGCAACGGCGACUACCAUCACCCCCACUUCCACCACCGGCGUGAACACUCCCGACGUCCUACCACCCAUCACAGCCGCUCCCACCACCAACGACGCAGACUCGAUCCGAAUCCAUCCCCACUGCGAGCGCACCUUCACACCACGCAUCGGCCCAUACGUCACUUGA